AUGGCCGGAUCUGAAUCUCCAGUUGGGGUCGCGCUUCUCGGAGGAGGAAUCUGGGCGAGAGAAGAACACGCCCCUGCUAUUGAAGCUGCUGCAAAUUUGCUGUCACUCAAGGCUGUAUUCUCGCGUUCGAUUGCAUCCGCUUCUUCGAUUGCCGGGACUCUUUCUUGCCAUGUGGAUCUUUAUUCCGAUGACACUGAGAAUGGAUUUGAUGACCUUCUGAAGCGUUCCGACAUUCAGGCAGUGGUUAUGUCCUUACCCAUUGGACACCAGUCUCGAUUCAUCAAAGCCGCUCUUUUGGCCGGUAAACAUGUUCUUUCCGAGAAGCCAGUUGCUGAAAACCUCGAAGAAGCGAAGAAUCUCAUCCAAUGGUAUCGCACUGAGAUCAAGGGCCCGACCUGGACUGUUGCAGAGAAUUGGCGAUUCCUGAAGAGCUAUCAAUAUGCGGCUGGACAGAUUAAAAGCCUGGGCAAGAUCACUGGGUUCCAAGGUCGUCAGCAUGAUAUUGUUCCAGAAAACUGGAAAUUCAAUCUCACUGAAUGGCGACGUAAGCCUACGCAUCAAGGCGGCUACCUUCUUGAUGGUGGUGUGCAUUAUGUGGCAGGACUCAGAUUGCUGUUGGGCGAAGAACCUGAUAAUCAAGUCGCCUCGAUUUCAGCUUUCACAAAUCAGAUUCAACCUUAUCUUCCCCCCGUUGAUACGGCUGAUGCGAUUUUGAAGACUAGAUCGGGCACGACCGGUGUCUUCCAGAUUUCUCGGGGCACCUCACUGCGGGCAGAUGAAUGGACCAUAUCAUGUUCUAAUGGAUGGAUUAAAAUUGAGAACGAAAAGGUGACGAUCUCCCGCAGUGGUCAAACUGAAGUUGUAACCAUCUCAAAUGAGAGGACAGGGGUGCCACCUGAGAUUCGAGCUUGGGGACAGAGUCUCUUGGAGGGAAAAGCACGUUCAGAUCAGGAGCCCGAGACGGCUUUGGCUGAUCUCGAGCUGAUUGAGUUGAUGCUUAAGAGCGGAAGCCGUGGUGGAAUGCCUCUUGUAUGCAGCCACCAGGAUGUUCCCAAAUAG